UGAAGACGUACCGGCUAAGCAGCCUGUGGAGGCGUCGGCUUUCUUGGAUUCCUCUGUGGACGAUGACAAUUCAGGUGAAUCUCCUCUAAUCUCGAUAUGGGGAGAAUAUACAGACUCUCAGGAAGGUUCUCUCCCAGUUGUGACGGACAUGAAGGUUCCCUGGUCGGACGAGGAGACGCUCCAUCUGCUCGACAUCUGGGGGAAGGACUCGGUGCAGCGGGCUUUGAAGGGCUGCUUAAAAAACCGUCACAUAUUCACGCAAAUCGCACAGAAGAUGGCAGAGAGGGGCUACAUGAGAACAGUGGAACAGUGCCAGACCAGGAUCAAACGGCUGAAGAAAUGCUUCCGCCAGAACAAAGGAAACUCGAGGCUUGAGAGUAAAUUUUACGAGCGACUGGAGUGCGUCCUCCGCUCCUCGGCUCCUCCGGCUGUUCCUGAGGUCACCUACGAUGUUGAGGAGGUUCUCGAUGAAGAUGACGGGGAUGAGGACUUGCAUUUUCUCGGCCACGCGAGCCGUUUGGAAAUAGGAACCAGAAGCGUUCCAUGGACAGACCCGGAGACGUUGGCCCUCAUCGACACGUGGGGUGAAGACAAGAUGCAACAGGAGCUGAGAGGGAUGCACAGAAACGGACAUAUUUUUUCCAUCAUAUCCACCAAGAUGGCCGCCCAGGGCUUCUCCCGAACACCAGAGCAGUGCCAGACGAGGCUGAAGAGGCUGAAAUCGAACUUCAGGCAAUGUUACCAAAACAACCUGAAGGGACAGGGCCAAGUUGAGUGCAAGUUUUACAAUGAACUGGGAAGAAUUUUAGUGAAGGACUUCGCCUCAGUGCCGCAGCUGGACGAGAUACCAGGAGAGCCUGAGGAAGGCGACAUUCCUGCCCUCUCCCAUCAGGAUAUCGAGUCUGUUGUGGGCAUCCAAGAAGACAGGAAGAAAGUCCCCUGGUCCGACAAAGAGACCAUCAUCCUUCUGGAGAUCUGGGGAGACGUACAGGUCCAGCAGAGCCUGAGACGCUACCCACACAACGGUCACAUUUUUACCGAAAUAUCAGAGAAGCUCAGCGCCCAUGGCUACUCCCGCAGUGCAGACCAGUGCCACACCAGGAUCAAACGGCUCAAAGCUAACUAUCGCCAGUGCCAGGAAAACAUGAGCUCAUCUGGGACUGAUAGAGUCGAUUUUAAAUUCUACGAUCUGCUGGAACAAAUCCUGGAGAAGCAGCCGUCAACAUCCGCCACUGUGGUAACCGACUCCAUUGAAAUAUCAGAAGACUCCAAUAGUGAAUCAGUGACUGAAACAGAUGGAGACAUUGAGGCCUUGUCAAGUGAAAAAGCAGCACCCAGCACAUGGUCAGAUGAGGAGACCCUGGCGCUUAUCGAUAUCUGGGGCGAAGAAGACGUUCAGAGGGCACUGAGGGGUUUUGUCCAUAACGGACACGUUUAUGCCGACAUUGCCGAGAGAAUGCACGACCUCGGCUUCUCGAAAACCUCGGAGCAGUGCCGCUGGAAGGUCAAGUCCCUGAGGAACAACUUUCGACAGUGCUACGACAGAAAGAAAUGUGGACGAAGAGUAGAUUAUAGAUUCUACAACCAACUGGAACAAAUACUGGGACAGGAAGCAGUUUCUCUGGAUGAGUACGACGAAAGAGACGAACAAGUAGACCAGGAGUCAGUAGGAGUAGAUGGCUUGAACACAGUGUGGACGGAGCACGAGACGGUCGCUCUCGUUGAGGUGUGGGCCGCAGAUGACGUGCAGCACAGCCUGAAAACCUCCGUCCGCAAUGGCCACAUAUUCGCCGACAUAUCGGAGAAAAUGGCGGCGUUGGGAUACCUGAGGACGGCGGAGCAGUGCCACUCCCGGAUCAAAAGGUUGAAGAAGACUUACAGGCGUCACUCCAACAGCAGGAGAAGUGGAGGCCGGCCCACAGUGUUUCGAUACUUCCAUCUCCUGGCUCCAGUGCUUGGUGACGACUCUUUGUUUGCUGAUGUGGACAGUGCCGCUGUGGACGCCACCUUACAAUCCUUUAUGGACAAGGAUGCUGACUUGUACGAGCAGCCCUCGACCAGCCACCUCCUGGCCGACCUGAGCAGAAAGAUGCCCUGGUCAGACCUGGAGACUCGCACCCUGCUGGAGAUCUGGGGCGAAGACAACGUCCAGCUCACCCUGAGGGGCUGCCUGAAGAACCGACACGUGUUUGAGUACAUCUCCGACAAGAUGAGCGACCGAGGAUUUAUGAGGACCUCGGAGCAGUGCUACACCCGUAUUAAGCGCCUCAAACAUGGCUUCCUCCAUGAAAAGGAGGAAUUUAAGUUCUUCAGUGAGAUGGAGGAAAUCUUCAGGAAGGAGUUGAAGGUAGACGGCUCAGUCACUGACACAUCAGUCCCAGAUGAGCCGGAUGACUGUGCACCUGAACCGAGCCAAAAGAAAGUUGCCUCAGGUAACCAGUGGGUGGCUGACAGCACAAAGCUGGCCUGGAGCGAUGGGGAGACCGAGGCGCUCCUGGACAUUUGGGGGAGUAAAGAGAUCCAGGACAACCUGAAGGGCUGCACCAAAAACAAACAUAUCUUCAUCCAGAUCUCUCAGGUCAUGGCCAGCCAAGGCUACCUGCGCACGCCUGAGCAGUGUCAGACCAGGAUAAAGAGGCUGAGGGCCAAUUUCAGACACUUCCUAGAAGGCAGAAAAGGAGAGAAGCAGGAGUGCAAGUUCUUUGACCAGUUGGUGCAGAUAUUUGGCAGCAAAUAUGUAAUGAACUCUGACCCCCUGGCUGACGAUACAGCUGAUAUUGUUGAAUCAUGAAACCGUUCAUCAUCAGGACGACACACAGCAGAAGCAGGUGGACACAAAAAGAUUCAGAGGAAAAAUAACAAGGACAUAAAUGCAGAAACAGAUAUUUACUGCUGUGGUGUGCAGUUGUUUACAGAUGACAGAAGAAAGCCUGUCCAGGCUGGAUCACUGGAAUUUACAUUUGCCUCUGUACAUACUCAAGAUACUUUCACAUUCUUCAUACAGACAAGACCUACUUGGUAUGUAAUGUAGUGUGUGUGUGUGUGUGUGUGUGCGCGCGUGCAUGCGUGCAUGCAUGCGUGCGUGUGUGUUUAUGUCCCUCAACUAGAGUGUCCGUGUGAUUAUUAACACUAGAGCCAUGCCACUAAAACCAGGAUGCUCAGGGCUUGAGGGUCAAAAAUAAAACAUCUGAUUAUGACCUGGUAAAAGUAAAAAUGCUGUGCAGAAAAUGCUGUGCUCUCCCGGGAAACAUGUUUUUUCUAAUGUUUAAUUAUUUUGUACUUGAACUUUAGUGAGUGAAUCAAAGUACAAGCAAAAAGAAAUACACGCAAGGCCUAAAACCACAGCCUACAUUUGCUUUUUGGUCUUAAAUGUUAAAUCCUCUGUCUUUGGACUUGUUUGUAAUGUUUGAGAUCUGAGUGGUGAAAGGUUAAAGUUGAAUUAUUUAUAAAUUUUGUUCUCCGUAUGUGUUGCUCUCGAGUUUUAUUUAUUUAAAUUACUGUUUACAUAUGUGUUCCAAAGUUUUACAAUUUUCUUUGACUAUGUUAUACUUUGAGCAUUAUUGAGGUACAUUUUUCCACAAAUAUGUAGAAGUUUUGUCACGUCCAUUAAAAGAAACUUGAAAUGUGCAAUCUGUCGUGAUUAUUUUUCUGUGUGAAAUAUGUUAAAAAAAAAUAAAUAAAAAACACAAUCAGAGCAUGAAAUUCAAGUGGAACUGCUGAAUAAAUCCAGUGCUUGAUAAGACCAGGGAAGCAGACAAAUAUCUCAUAUCAUACAAAUCUGCAAAAAAAAUCUCUAUUCUAUCUCUUUUUUAUAAGUUUUCUGUUGUUGUUUGUUGCCGGGAGUGGAUUGUGGUGAACUUUAGCCAUGGUUGCAUUUACAAGAAAAGGUGGUUAUAAUACACCCUCAG